AUGCGUUCACUCAUCACAUUAGCUCUGUGUCUAGGGGCUGUAACUGCUUCAAAAUUCAAAACCUCCACCGUCUAUCAGUUUAGCUCCAAUGACACCUGGUUAGAGAAUCUCGCCACACGAUCCAACGGUGUCAUCCUAGCCACCGAGAUUGGCCCUCCCGCCAACCUCCUGGCUUUUGAUCCGCGGGAAACCCCAGCUCAGAAGAGGGUGAUCAAAGAAUUUUCCUCCGUCCUAGGUAUCACUGGAAUCACGGAAGGUGCGCACGAUGUCUUUUACGUGACUGGCGCCAAUACUACAUCCGACAAUAUCAGCGAUCCACCGAAAAACGCAACGCACGUCUGGGAAGUCGAUUUCAACACAGGUAGCAAGAAUCCCAAAAUCAAGCUUCUAUGCCGUCCCACGGCACCUACCGGCUUCAAUGGGAUGGCGACCUUCAACGAGACGAUCCUCCUCGCCAGCGCCUCUUACCAAAACUCCAUCUUUGCCAUUGACGUCAAAACCGGACGCACCUGGGAGGCAAUCAAGCAGACAAAUCUAAUGUCUUCAAUCAACGGCAUCAAAGUCUCGGACGGCUUUGUCUAUUGGACUGCCAACGGAGCUUUGUACCGCGCGGAGCUAUACUCAAAUGUCACUGCUGGUACAGGGCAGCUGAUAUACCAGGGCAGCGCGUUUGACGAUUUUGCAAUUUCUCCCAACGGAUUCGCGCUCAACGAGACUUACGGGUCCAGUUACAAAUUUGCCUACCUUGCUACUGCUGCUGAGAAUACAAUUGAGCAGGUCAUCUUUACUAGUGACGGAACUGCUGUCGGGGGUGAAAUCAUUGUCGGAUCUGAGGAUUCUACUGAGGUUGCUGAGCCUACUGGCGUUUUCUUUGGUCGGGGCCAUGGUGAAUUGAACAAAAUCUAUGUUACCACAGGGGGUGCCAGUGCCGUUAACGUUGAUGUGAAUGGCACCGAGACUGCGGUUGGUGCACAAUUGUUGGAGAUCCAACUGUCCUAA